AUGACUAAGGUUGAAGCUCUAAACUAUGCCGUCGAAACGAUUCCACAGAUUUUACCCUUGGAGAAACAGGAUGUGAUAGAUCUCUGCAAUCAAAUUAUUACUACAAAUAAGACACCCGACUCAAUUGCUGAAGGUUUCAUGAAUAUUCUUGGUCAAGAGGAGAUGGUAUUCGAUUUUAUAUUUAAAUUCAAUGAAUUAUUAGAGCAAGACGACAGUAAAAAGAUACAGACUGGAUCCACUAAGAAAGAAGCAGUCAUCGAAAAUACUGAAAAAACGAUUCCAGCAAGUAAAGAUAAUGCUCCUCCACCUCUUAUUAAAGUACAACCAAAACAUGUGGCUAAUAUAACGUUGGAAACUCCAAAAUCAUCUAUACCAAAUAAAGAAACCACUGCGACUCUUAAAAAUAAACAAAGCAAUUCUUCUGGCAAGAAAACAGGCAAACAAAAGAAACUUCAAUCUCUAGAAGAAAUCAAUGAGGCUGUUAAACUACUCGACUUGAAUGAGAAGAAAACAAAUUCUAAAGAAUAUGCAUGUUCUUGUCAAGGUAGAAUACAUCCAUUAUUUGAACUUGCACCUAAUUGUCUUUCUUGUGGUAAACUCAUAUGCGUGAAAGAAGGAUUAAACUUAAAUAAUUGCAGUUUUUGUGAAGCUGAAUUGAUUCCUUUUAACGAAAGAUAUGAAUUAAUACAGGAACUAAAUAAAGAGAAAGACGAUAUUAUAUCAGGCAAAAAUGGCCAGCUCGAAAAGGAAACAACCACUGCCAAGCGUAAACCAACCAAAGUAUAUAAAAUAUCAUCAGGAAUGGGUAAAAAUUUAUUCAAGGAACAAGAUAAACUGUUUGACUUUAUCGAAAGACAACAUGAAAGGGAACGGAAAAGAGAUGAAGUAAUGAAAAAGCUAGAUGAUCUUCCAAAGGAAAUAGAACCACAACAGAAAGUAAAAGUUGAUGAGGAAUUAGAAAAGGCUCAGAAUAGGCUAGAGAAUUUACUUCAUUUCCAGGACACGUCGGCAGAAAGAACAAAAAUUAUUGACAAUGCCAGUGACUUUGAUAUGUCAGGAGAUGCCAGUAUGUGGGGGAGCUCUAAGGAAAGAGCAAUGCUUUUGAAGAAACAGCAAAGAAAUCUUCGUAAAUGGGAAAAAAUGGAAAGAGAAAGACAUGGCAAAAGUGAUAAGUACGUUUUGAACAUGAAUAUCGGGGCCAACGGAAAAGUUACAAUGACUGAGGUUGAAAAAGACCAUGGAGACGUGUACGCCAAUUCUGACGAAGAUCUCGAUAAUAUAAGUGAUGAUGAAGAUAGAGCCGAUUUGCAUCAUAUUCGUACCAGUAAACAACAGCUACAACAAGAAAAAGAUGUAGAUAACUUAGUUCUUCAGUCAAAUGUGUGGGAUUAUGAAAAAGAUAAGAAACAAUUCAAAAAGCCCAUAUAUGUUGACUCAAACACUAAUGAACCUGCACCAAUUGAAAGCAAUGACUCUCAAGUAAACAGGUUAUUAGCUAAGGAAUCAAGAGUUCAAAUCGCGUCCAACAAUGAUUCUGCACUUGAGGAUAAUAUCCUUGCUGUGCUAUAG